AGGCGGAAGUGACACUCGACAUCUUGAUGCGGAAGAGAUUCCGAAGAAUUAAAGAACUGUCACCAAAAUGACAACAAAACACUAACCAGAGCUAAUAACGUCGUAUUAUAUCUAUUGCACGUUGAUUUACUGAGACGAGUGAAAUUCUACGGUGGGUUAUUUUUACCAUCGUACGUAACCAGCACCCAUGGCUAAUAACAAUUUACAGAAAGCAAUAGAUCUUGCAAGCAAGGCUGCAGAAGAGGAUAAGGCUAAAAACUACGAGGAAGCUCUCCGGUUGUACCAGCAUUCCAUUCAAUACUUCCUUCAUGUUGUUAAAUAUGAGGCCCAGGGAGACAAGGCCAAGCAGAGCAUCAGGGCAAAGUGUGCAGAGUACCUGGACCGAGCAGAGAAGCUGAAGGAAUACUUGAAGAAGAAGGAUAAGGCCCCUCCAGCCAAGCCUGUCAAGGAGUCUGGCUCUGAUGACAAAGGGAAUGACAGUGAUGAAGGUGAAGGUGACCCAGAGAAAAAGAAGUUUAAAAAUCAACUCUCAGGGGCCAUCGUCAUGGAAAAGCCAAACAUCAAGUGGAAUGAUGUAGCUGGGCUUGAGGGUGCAAAGGAGGCCCUUAAAGAAGCUGUCAUCUUGCCCAUCAAAUUCCCUCACCUCUUCACCGGAAAGCGAACUCCAUGGAGAGGGAUCCUGCUGUUUGGCCCUCCUGGUACAGGGAAGUCUUAUCUGGCCAAGGCUGUGGCCACAGAAGCCAACAACUCUACCUUCUUCUCUAUCUCCUCCUCUGACCUGGUGUCCAAGUGGCUGGGGGAGAGUGAAAAGUUGGUGAAGAACCUGUUCAGCCUGGCCAGGGAGAACAGGCCCUCCAUCAUCUUCAUCGACGAGAUAGACUCUCUGUGUGGCUCCAGGAGUGAGAACGAGAGUGAAGCAGCCCGCCGCAUCAAGACUGAGUUCCUGGUCCAGAUGCAGGGUGUUGGAAAUGAUAAUGAGGGAGUCCUGGUUCUAGGAGCCACAAACAUCCCCUGGACACUGGACUCUGCUAUUAGGAGAAGGUUUGAGAAGCGGAUCUAUAUCCCUCUGCCUGAGGGGCAAGCCCGCUCCUUCAUGUUCAAGCUGCAUCUGGGCUCCACCCCCAAUGAGCUCACUGAAUCAGACUAUGUGACGCUGGGUAAGAAGACGGAAGGCUACUCUGGAGCAGACAUCAGCGUCAUCGUGAGGGACGCCCUCAUGCAGCCAGUCAGGAAGGUGCAGUCGGCCACUCACUUCAAACGGGUCCAAGGGUCAUCAUGGAACCAUCCCAACCUCGUGGUAGACGAUCUCCUGACCCCAUGCUCACCAGGAGAUCCAGACGCCAUAGAGAUGACCUGGAUGGAUGUUAAUGGGGAGAAACUCAUGGAGCCCAUUGUUUGCAUGGCUGAUAUGCUGAGGUCACUGCACAACACCAAGCCAACUGUGAACGAGCAGGACUUGGACAAACUCAAGAAGUUCACAGAGGACUUUGGUCAGGAAGGCUAAUACUCAACCAAAUAAUGUGAACACAACUUUCCUUUCUCAUAUCCUUUUUCUUCACUGGUUCUCAGGCCUGCAUUUGCUACUCUACUUUCUCUCCACAAGUAGCAAAGGGGCUUCAUGUUUCAUGUAUGUUAAUUUGUUGACUUCCUUUGUUAGUUGCCAAUACAUACCCAUAAUAGUGUACCCAUAGUAUGCAACUUUUCUUUUUACAAAGAUAGAUUGGUUGAAGAUGGUGAUGGUCUCAAAUAAUAUGGAUUCAUGAAAAGUAUUUAUAAUUUAUGCUUUAAAACACUAAAGUGUCUGUUUUGGCCUUGAUGGCAUCAAACAAGCAAUGCAUGCUAUUGUGCAUUACAAUAACUCCUCCAAAAGUCAUUUACUGCUUGAAGUGCAUCUAUGGUUUGACAAGAUAGAUGAGGAUUGCCUGUUUUGUUGUACUGUAAUGUGUUUGGACAUUGUUUACCGAUGUUUUUUUCUUUGUAUUCAUUUUUCUUACCAAGAAGGGCUACAUCUGUAAUUUUGACUGCGUUGAUGGAGCAGCACUCAUUGAAGAGGACCAUAUCAUGAUUAACUACCAGCAACUUUAAUGAUUACAAUUUUCUUCCAUCAGUUUUUAUGUAGAGUAUUUUCAUAUUGUUUUUCUGUAUGCUGUUUUUGAAAGAAGAUGUUAGACUGAGUGCCUUGCUGGUCAAAAGAAAGUAAAAGUACUUUGGAAUGGGUUGGUGGGGCUAUGUUAUAGUGUAAUAAAACCCAAUGAUUAUUGAUCUUCAAGGGAAAUCAGUAAUAGAGUGAGCAAUAAUCCUUUGUAAAGUGUUUUUGACCCCUUAAAUUGUACUUCCCACAUCUUUGCAGACUUCAAAUGUUUUGUACAAGUUGUGCCUUGAAGAAGAAUCAAUGUGCAGUGCAUUCGGAAAGUAUUCAGACCACUUGAUUUUGUUAGCCUUAUUCUAAAAUUGAUCAAAUAUUUUUUUUCUCAUCAAUCUACACACAAUAUUCCAUAAUGACAAAGUGAAAACUGUUUUUUAGAAAUUUUUGCAAAUGUAUUACAAAUAAAAAACAGAUACCUUAUUUACAUAAGUAUUCAGACCCUUUGCUAUGAGACUCGAAAUUGAGCUCAGGUGCAUCCUGUUUCCAUUAAUCAUCCUUGAGAUGUUUUUACAACUUGAUUGGAGUCCACCUGUGGUAAAGUCAAUUGAUUGGACAUGAUUUUGAAAGGCACAUUUUGAAAAGGCACCUGUUGACAGUGUAUGUCAGCAAAAACCAAUCCAUGAGGUCAAAGGAUUAGUCCGUAGAGCUCCGAGACAGGAUUGUGUCGAGGCACACAUCUGGGCAAGGGUACCAAAAAAUGUCUGCAGCAUUGAAGGUCCCCAAAAACACAGUGGCCUGCAUCAUUCUUAAAUAGAAGAAGUUUGGAACCACCAAGACUCUUCCUAGAGCUGGCCACCUGGCCCAACUGAGCAAUCGGGGGAGAAGGGUCUUGGUCAGGGAGGUGACCAACUACACGAAAGUCACUCUGACAGAGCUCCAGAGUUCCUCUGUGGAGAUGGGAGAACCAGAAGGACAACCAUCUCUGCAGCACUCCACCAAUCAGGCCUUUAUGGUAGAGUGACCAGAUGGAAGCCACUCCUUAGUAAAAGCCACAUGACAGACUGCUUGGAGUUUGCCAAAUGGCACCUAAAAACUCUCAGAACAAUAUAAACAAGAUUGAACACUUUGGCCUGAAUGCCAAGCAUCACGUCUGGAGGAAACAUGGCACCAUCCCUACAGUGAAGCAUGGUGAUGGCAGCAUCAUGCUGUGGGGAUGUUUUUCAGUGGCAGGGACUGGGAGACUAGUCAGGAUAGAGGGAAAGAUGAACGGAGCAAAGUACAGAGGGAUCCUUGAUGAAAACAUGCUCCAGAGUGCUUAGGACCUCAGACUGGGGCAAAGGUUCACCUUCCAACAGGACAACGACCCUAAGCACAGAGCCAAGACAACGCAGCAGUGGAUUCGGGACAAGUCUCUGAAUGUCCUUGAGUGGCCCAGCCAGAGCCCAGACUUGAACCCAAUUGAACAUCUUUGGAGAGACCUGAAAAUAGCUGUGCCGCGACGCUCAACAUCCAACCUGAUAGAACUUGAGAGGAUCUGCAGAGAAGAAUGAGAGAAACUCUCCAAAUACAGAUGCGCCAAGCUUGUAGCAUCGUACCCAAGAAGACUCGAGGCUGUAAUCGCUGCCAAAGGUGCUUCAAACAAAGUAAUGAGUAAAGGAUCUGAAUACUUAUGUAAAUUAGAUAUUUUCAUUUUUUAUUUUUAAUACAUUUGCAAACAUUUCUAAAAAACUUUUUUCUUUGUCAUUGUGGGGUAUUGUGUGUAGAUUGAAAAAGUCAAGGGGUCUGAAUACUUUCCAAUUGCACCGUAUAUCCUCUCACUUUCCACUAUAGCCAAUGAAACUUCAGAUACCCUAUUAAAAAAAGAUGCAUAUUCAGAUAGUUCCUUACUUGGUAAUGAUUAUAUUCAGCUGUGUUUCUAAAUCUUCAGACUUUUCUUUUAUAGAAAAAAAUGUAUAAACCUCAAUGUACAGUAGUAGUAUUUUAUUUUCUCAUUUGAGCAGUUUACAUAUUGUCUGGUCACUGGGGUGAGGUGAAUAGCAUUGAACAAUGCUAAGAAGGGAGGAGUUUGUCUUCAUAAAAUAAGAACGAACGAUCAUUAUGUAUUCUUUUGGCAAUACUGUUAACAUGUAUGACUGUGGGUUUUCCUAUAAUUAUGUAUUCAAGAUUAUUUUCUGGGAUUUUCCAGAGUUAUCCAGUUUGUUGUGUUCUGAUCUUGAACAUAUAUGUACAUAAAACUAUUACUUACUGAAA